AUGAUUAACAUUUACAGCUGAAGGACAGUAAUAGCCAGUGAUGCCCUAACCAAAGGUCUCUUAUGUUAUAUACUCUUCCCUCAUUUGAAGAACGCCACUUUUUUGGAAUAGCUCUAAGAGGAGACUGGGCACGCUUUACAGACAAACAUGGGGAAGAUGGGGAAACCUUUACUUCUCCUUCUUGCUUUUUUAGCAUCCUCGUACUGUAAUUCUGUCCCUGUGAUUAACAUGGCUUUGGUAGAAGUGAGGGAAGAUCUUGCAAUAGGUGCAUUUGCGUUUCAAAUCGAUGCAUCUGAUCCAGAUAAUGACCCUCUAGCAUAUGGUAUCUCUGGGACGGACUCUAGUCAUUUUGAGGUCAACACUGUAACUGGUGAAGUCAAAAUCAAGAGCAGGCUUGACAGAGAGAUUAAAAACCUCUUACUCGUAGACAUUGAAGUGAAUGAUGGCGUUUAUGCGACUGUGACAAAAUCCGUAUAUAUUGCUGUUGCAGAUGCUAAUGAUAAUGCACCAGUAUUCCAAAAUCUGCCCUACAAUGUAGAGGUUCUAGAGAGCAUAACUGUGGGUAGUACAGUGUUCACAGCAAGUGCCACAGAUAGUGAUGAAAAUAUGGCUGGUAUUGUGUCCUACAGAAUUUCAGAAGUGGUACCAAAUGAUGGGGCUAGCCUAUUUUCAAUCUCAGAGACUUCUGGAGAUGUUAGUCUGAGUGGAACUUUGAACUUUACUGACAAAAGUCCUUUCUAUCAAAUAACAGUCAUUGCAUCUGAUGGCGGUGGGAUACUGAAUGGUGUCGAGACGGUUCAAUCCUCAUCAGUAACUGCAUUCAUUACGGUUAAGGAUACACCAGAUCAAGACCCACAGUUUCUAAAUUUACCUAACCUUGCUACUGUUGAUGAGAAUUCAAAUGUGGGUAUGACAGUCUUUAAUGUGAGAGCCAGAGAUCCAGACACUGGGGUCAAUGAUAACAUCCACUACAGUAUUGAAAGUACUAAUGCAAUAGACCUGUUCCAAAUCGAUGAGAAUACUGGAGACGUAUCUAUCCAAACUACAUUCGACCGUGAGGAAUUACUCGAUAUAGAUGCUGUUGUGAUUUUGCAAAUAAAGGCAAGUGAAACAAAUCCUAAUGUGAAUGGAGUUAUUGCAAGCACAACAGGAGAACUACAGAUUUCUAUUGGAGAUAUAAAUGACAAUGGCCCAAAAUUUUAUGAGUGUGUAAGUGAUACCUGCACGGAAAAAGACACCUUCACUGGUGAAGUUGAAGAGCAUUCAUCUGCAGGAGUAUCAGUAAAUGAACUGAAUAUAAAAGUCGAAGAUCCAGACCAGGGGCAAAACAGCAGGUUCAAUCUCCAUCUUGAGGGACCUGAUAAGGAAGCGUUUGCUGUCAGUCCCAGCGCUGGACAGGGAGAAAGUUCUGUACAAGUGACAAUAAAAGAUCCAUCUGCUGUUGAUUACGAGAAGAAGACAGUAAUGUCUGUUCAGAUUAUUGCUGAAGAUGCAUCCGAUAAAUCCUUCACUUCUAUGGUUACUGUCACCAUUAACAUCAAAGACGUAAAUGACAACUUUCCUAAAUUUGAAAAUGAGACUUAUGAGUUUUCUGUGGAUGAACACUGUGCAGACGGAACUGUUGUGGGCACCAUUACUGCAACAGAUGAAGAUGCCUUGGAUGUUGGCAAACUCACUUACAAAUUGGUGCCGGAAAGCAUGCGGGAGGUUUUCGAUGUUGAUCAAAAUAGUGGAGUUAUCUCUGUAAAAAAUGGAGAGCGUCUUGACAGGGAAGGCACCAAUUCCUACUCACCCACCCUGCAGGCCAUAGAUGCAGACGGCAAGAUUGGUACCACUGUUGUGAUGAUCAACAUUAAGGAUAUUAAUGAUCAGACACCAGAGAUGAACAGAGACCUUUAUGAGGCCUAUGUACAAGAGAACCAAAAGUUAGAGCUUAAAAUUCAGGCUACAGACAGAGACGACCCAAAUACACCGAACAGCCAAAUCCAGUAUCGCAUUGAGGACAGCCCGUUCAGUAGUAACUUUACUAUAGGCGAAGAGACCGGUGUGCUUACAAACAGUGGUCUAUUGGACCGUGAGGCUAUGGACCCUGCCCUAGAUGGCAGGAUUGAGCUGACGGUGAUCGCUUCAGAUAUGGGGACACCACCCCAGUCUUCCUCAACUAGUGUGAUCAUCAACAUUGGGGAUGAAAAUGACAAUUCUCCACAGUACCUUGAUCUUGCUCCCUACGAAUUUAGAGUAAAUGAAAGUGAAGGAGGCAUUUUGGUUGGCUCUGUGCGGGCUCACGAUGCCGACCAAUCCGACUUCAAUAACCGUAUCUUCUUCAGCAUUACUGAUGGUGGUUUUGGAAGUUUCAUAUUGUUUUCUGAGGCCACCAGUGAAGGUUACAGGGGCAACAUCACAGUAGAUCCCGCUGUUGCGCUGGACUACGAAAGUGACCGCAAGACGUACGACCUAACGGUGGAGGCCUCAGACUUGGGUCAGAAAAAGGUUACGACAACAGUGAAAGUAGUAGUGGUUGAUGUUAACGACACUCCACCUCAAUUCCCAUCCAACAUGAUCCUGAACGUAACAGAGAACAGCACCUUGACAAUGCCUCUGGGCAAAAUCGACGGCAAAGAUGUGGACACUAACCACCUUCUACAAUAUGAGCUUGAUUCUACUGAAUGCCAGUGCAGUGGCAUCAGAGGACCGUGUCCCGAAGAGUGGUUCUCAGUUGAGCCUAACGGCGAUGUGAUAACUGACACUCCCUAUGAUAUUGACUAUGAGAAAUGUGAUAAAGUGUUCUUGAAUGCCAAGGUGGUGGAUGUUUUAACUGAGAAGAGGAGUAACAGUACUAAUGGAGUUGUCACUAUUAAUAUUUUGGAUACCAAUGACAAUGCCCCAGAGUUCGUCGUCUUACAGGACUUCUAUGUUGUAGUCAUUGAGAAAGUUGAGGUGGGCACAUCUGUCGGCAGAGUUUACGCCAUAGACAGAGACACAGGAGACAACAGGAAAACCAAAUUUGAAGUUACCAAGGUGGACUUUGUCAGCAGCGAAGGGACUUCCACAGAGAGUUUGUUUCUCUACGCUGAUUCUAACGAUCAGGAAGAUUCUGAGGGAAGGUUCACUGCAUACAUACGGUCCCAGAAGGUAUUGGAAAAUAAUAAAAGAGGAAAGUUCCUGGUGGAGGUGAAGGCGUUUAACACUGGUGAUAAGAGUAUCAGUUCCACCUCUGUGGUUGAGCUUCUCACAGUGGACAGCUCCUACAGAGUCAGUCUCAGAUUUAGGGCAUCCGUGUCGGAAGUCAAUGCGAAUUUGCCUCAGAUCAGAGCGAUUCUGAUAGGUGCUACAAAAGCAACGGUUGAAUUCUUCAGUGUAUUCAGUGAGACGUUUAAUCAAAGAGCUGAAGAGAUAACCAUUUUGGAGGCUUAUUUUGUGUUCCCAAAUGGCACUGCUCUGAACUAUGAUGAAGUGACUGCAAUCCUAAAUUCAGAAGAGGUCUACGUGGAAUAUGGAUACCAACUAACUCAGCUUGGAUUUACUGGCAUUUCAACAACUGUUACCGAGACUACCGAAGUCAAGACAGAGGUAUUCGUCAUGAUCGGUUUGAUGGCUGCAUUGGCGAUCGUACUUGUUGUAACAACCACCUCCCUCGUGUGCAUCAGAAGAAACUACAAGAGGAAACUGAAGGCAGCCAAAGCCAUGAAUUCAGCAGCCACAGUGGUCAUAGAAAAUCAAAAGACCGGCCCUGUUGUUCCUGGAACCAACAAAUACACCAAAGAAGGAGCAAACCCAGUGCUGAAUAUGAAUAUCGACACGGCCACAGACCUUGGCUUUGAUGAAGAUGGCUCCAGCGCAGACAGAGAGAGCCUUAACUCCCUGGACUACAACAUUGAUAUGGACAUGGAAGAAAAAGACACUAUGGGAAUGACGGUAAUUCAGGAGGAAGAGGAAGAGGAGGAGGAGGAGGAUGAAAAGAGUGUCUCUUCGUACAUUGAGCCUCUGGGUGCUGCACUGGCCCAGCGAGAAAAGAGGAGAGGUGGAGACAGCCCCGGUCUCAUUUUUGAAAACCCUUCCAUAAACACCACUGACCUCUAACAUUCAGCAGCCUCUGACCUCCACCUAUUUGCCAUUUUUUUUUAUACAUGGUCCUGCCAAAAAGGAGAAAAGACUCAGUUUUGCAAAAUAUUCCAUUUGGACAAGCUCUAACUCUAAACAAGACCUUUAAAGUUAACCCACUUUAAAUCACCAAUGCACUUUAAACUGUAAGAGUUGGAGAAAAAAAAAUCUCAGUGCACUAAAUACAAGCAGUAAUUGAAACAGUAUUUAAAGUCAAAUUUUACUUACAUUAUUCUUAAUUGGAUUAAUUUUCCAUCAUCCUUUUUUCAUAUUCUGAAUCUCCAAUAUGCAAUAUGUAUUCUUUGACUGUAAUGUCUUGUCAUACAGAAGAAUGAAACUCUCUUAAAAAAUUUAAUUUAUUCUUUUCUGUCUCUGAGCAAAAGAAAAACUAAACUGCAUCAACAGAAACUAAAGUAAAACUGCUUGUGUAUCCUGCCAAAUAUUACCUGGCACUAGUCUGCUAAGUUUUGGUCUGAGUCAAAUCAAGCAAAAUCUUGCUAAGCCAGAUUGGUGACCAGGGUGUAUAUAUAUCGUAAACUGUCUAUAUAUGGUGUAUUGUUAUAUGUUCUAAGUGCAAUCAUUCGAUAGCCUGUUCUGUGAAUUUGAAAA